GUGACAUUUUGGUACGUGUUCGUAUGGGUUGUUUGGAUAGAAUUGAGUCUACUUAGUAUUGAAGCCGAAUGGUAUCGUGUUUGAAAGGGUAAUUAUUUGUGUUACGAGGCUCAUCCUUGCGGGAUUUUUACGCGGCGUUCAGGCUCGAAGAAAUGUUAUUUUUUAAAUGUUUCUGUCUCUCCAUGAGUUAGGGGCUGACAACCAUCGUUUGGAUUCUUUCGUUGGAGUGCUACGUGCGACUGAUUCUCGUCUUGAUGUAUGGUGCAUAGGAAAUCUCAAGCAACUGGUAUCUCCUUCGUAAUCAAGAUUACAAAGACAGGGCACCUUCAGCCUAACGAAGGACUUUUUGCCGCGUUCUUAUUGGUCUUGUCAAGUCCUCGCGCCAUGAUUGUUACUUACACGCGCUGUGAUAGACUAUCCUUCAGCAUUUUUGAGACUUCUCAUGGUCACCCACGAAUCCUCACCCUUCGUCAUUGCUGCGGGGCGAGCUACUUCCAUUGAAUACACAGUCUAAGAAAGGCUC